AUGUGAUUGGUGUCUAACGUGUGUGUGUGUGUGUGUGUGUAUGUGUGUGUGUGUGUGUGUGUGUGUGUGUGGUGUGUGUGUGUUUGUAUGUGUGUGCUGUGUGUGUGUUGUAUGUGUGUGUGUGUGGUGUGUGUUGUAUAUGUGUGUGUGUGAUGUGUGUGUGGUGUGUGUGUAUGUGUUGUGUAUGUGUGUGUGUGUAUGUGUUGUAUAUGUGUGUGUGUGACGUGUGUGUGUGUGUAUGUGUUGUGUGUGUGUGUAUGUGUGUAUGUGUUGUAUAUAUGUGUGUGUGGUGUGUAUGUGUUGUAUAUGUGUGUGUGAUGUGUGUGUGUGAUGUGUGUGGUGUGUAUGUGUUGUAUAUGUGUGUGUGUGUGGUGUGUAUGUGUUGUAUAUGUGUGUGAUGUGUGUGUGUGGUGUGUAUGUGUUGUAUGUGUGUGUGUGUGUGUGUUGUAUGUGUGUGUGUGGUGUGUGUGUGUGUGUGGUGUGUAUGUGUUGUAUAUGUGUGUGAUGUGUGUGUGUGAUGUGUAUGUGUUGUGUGUGUGUGGUGUGUAUGUGUUGUGUGUGGUGUGUGUGUGUGGUGUAUGUGUUGUAUAUGUGUGUGUGUGUGUUGUAUGUGUGUGUGUGGUGUGUGUGUGUAUGUGUGUAUGUAUUGUAUAUGUGUGUGUGAUGUGUGUGGUGUGUGUGUAUUGUAUGUGUGUGUGUGGUGUGUGUGUAUGUGUUGUAUAUGUGUGUGUGAUGUGUGUGGUGUGUGUGUGUUGUAUGUGUGUGUGUGGUGUGUGUGUGUAUGUGUUGUAUAUGUGUGUGAUGUGUGUGUGUGGUGUGUAUGUGUUGUAUAUGUGUGUGUGUGGUGUGUAUGUGUUGUAUAUGUGUAUAUGUGUGUGUGAUGUGUGUGGUAUGUGUGUGUGUGGUGUGUGUGUGUAUGUGUUGUAUAUGUGUGUGUGUGAUGUGUGUGUGUGGUGUGUAUGUGUUGUAUAUGUGUGUGGUGUGUGUGUGGUGUGUGUGUGUGGUGUGUAUGUGUUGUAUAUGUGUGUGUGGUGUGUGUGUAUGUGUGUAUGUGUUGUAUAUAUGUGUGUGUGUGUGUGUAUGUGUUGUAUAUGUGUGUGUGAUGUGUGUGUGUGGUGUGUAUGUGUUGUAUAUGUGUGUGUGUGUGGUGUGUGUGUGUGUGGUGUGUAUGUGUUGUAUAUGUGUGUGUGUGUGGUGUGUGUGUGGUGUGUGUGUGUGGUGUGUGUGUGUGUGGUGUGUGUGUGGUGUGUGUGUGUGGUGUGUAUGUGUUGUAUAUGUGUGUGUGGUGUGUGUGUAUGUGUGUAUGUGUUGUAUAUGUGUGUGUGUGUGUGUGUGUAUGUGUUGUAUAUGUGUGUGUGAUGUGUGUGUGUGGUGUGUAUGUGUUGUAUAUGUGUGUGUGUGGUGUGUAUGUGUUGUAUAUGUGUGUGGUGUGUGUGUGUUGUAUGUGUGUGUGUGUGGUGUGUGUAUGUGUUGUAUAUGUGUGUGUGGUGUGUGUGUAUGUGUGUGUGUUGUAUAUGUGUGUGUGUGUGGUGUGUAUGUGUUGUAUAUGUGUGUGUGUGUGU